UCCCAGGUUAAAAUCAAACCAUUUUAUCAUUACAGAGAAAAGAUCAAUAAUUAAACAGAAAAUAAGCUUUUUUAAAAAUAAAUAAAUAAAUAAAUAAUAAUAAUAAAACAAACAGACUUCAUCACCAACAAUUGAAAUAUUCCUAAACUCUUUGCCAUACCAUAUGAUUUCCACCACAUGAUACAAAACAGGAAAAUGUAUUAAAUAAUUAAACAAAGAUUUUUAUUUGACACGUCAAUAAAUGUGGAUGAGCUCACUGUUGGUUUCUGACCCUGAGGAUAUUUUCCAGCCAAUAUCAAAUCUGAUACCCAACAGAGGCAGGCUAAAACAGACAAGAGCAAAGGACACAGAUACAUUUUUACUGCGCACAAGAUACAUAGUGAUCAUGUUUUAUGUAAACCACCUUUAGAGAACGAAUCAGAGUCAAAUGGAUAAAAGAAAGAAAGGUAAGACUUUACAUUUAAUACUGUAGAAAUGCAGAUGAAACUAGAUGUUUAGUUUUAGUAUUAGGAAAGAGAUUGAACUAAGCAACAUGUUUCUAUUUAUUCCUUUUGAACUGUUUAAAUUUACAGCUAAAACUUCAAUUCAGAGCAUUAUUUGAAGCUAAAUUAAAUCUCAGACUCCAAUCUUGACAGGAUCUCCGAAGGAACUGAGGCUUUUGGUGGUCGGUAGCAGCGGACCCUCUCAGUUCCAACUAACCAAUGCUAUACUUGGAAAGGAGGCUUUUUCAAAGGAUGUUAUCAGUAUUUCUGCAAGUGUGAAGAACAAGGGAGAGCUGUCUGGUCGACCAGUAGCAGUGGUCAACGGACCAAAUAUGUAUGACAAGGAUAUAACUCAUGCAAAGAGGAAAAUGGAGCUCAGGAGGUCUAAGUGUUUAGUUAUACCUGGUCCCCAUGCCUUUCUUGUUGCAUUUGACAUUGAGAAAAUCUCCCCAAAUGACAUGAAAACUCCUUGGCUGCUAAAAAGACGCUUUGGAGCAAACUGCCUGAAACACUGCAUGGUUCUCUUUGCCUAUGAAGGAAAUUUGGAUGGAGCUUCUCUGGAAAACAGGGUGAAGAAGACUGAAUGGUAUCUGAGAGAACUGAUUGAGAAGUAUGGCGGGCGCUUUCAUGUUUUCAAGAAGAACUGGAGAGAUCGAAGCCAGGACAAGGAGUUUCUGCGAAAGAUUGAGUUGAUGGUGGCUUCGUUGGGAGGGGGACACUUCUCCAGCAGAACUUUCCAAACGGCAGAGGACAGCGUGAGGAAGGAGGAGAAAAGGCUCCGGAAACAGAAGGCAGAGGAGAUAAAGCGAACAUGGAAUGAGAUGGAGCAGCAGUAUACGUCAGAGGAGUUGUGUUUUCAGAAGGAUGCCUACAUCGCCAAUGUACGUGCAGAGAUUCAGGCUAAGGCAGAGCUUGAUAACGGUUGGCUCAGAACAUCCCUGGCCAGAGGGCUGGGGACUGGUUUAGUUGUGGGGGCCGUGAUUGGUGCACUUUUUGGAUCUAUUGAGGGCGUGGGAGGAAUAGUUCUUUAUGGUGUUAUAGGUGGGGUGGUUGGUGGAUCUGCAGGCGGAACUGCUCAUGUGGCAAUCAAGCAUAUGGAGAACAGAGUUGCCCCACCAGCUAGACUCAAUUUUAAUUCUAUCUUCAUUAACCGUUUCUUUGCAGUUCCUCGUACAUGACAGGAUGAUUACUUAAUUUUUCUGUGUAGAAAGAAAUGUUUGGCUUUUGCUUAUUUGUGCCGAAGUUGAAACACAUGGAGUCAUUUCUCAUUCAUCAUAUUUUGUUUUGAUUGAGGCUUUCUUUUGAUGCCUCAGUGUGUUUAAGCAUUUUUUUUUUUUACCUAUUUUGAAAGUCUUUGAAAGGUAUUUCUUAGAACAUUGAUUGCUUUUCACUUAGUUUUCACAGGUUUGACAGGCAACUAUGGGCCCAUAUAAUAUCCCACUUCAUGCCCACCAUGGAGGAUAUGUGAUGCUGUGGGCUUGUCUGUCUUCCAAAAUGACUUAUAACCUUGUGUGCAUGGCAUUAUGAAUUCUUUAAAAUACAUUUUAUUUCAGUGUCCUCCAGCAUAAAUUAAACAAACCAUAAUGAUCCAAACAUAGAGAUAUCUGGACCUACUGUAUCUGAACACAGGGAUAUGUCCUAGAAAUCUGAACAAUCUACUAAGACUAUGUAAAGAGGAAUGAAAAUGGUGAUUUUGCUGAACAAUUAUUUUUCAAUUUUAAUAUGUCUGUAAUAAGAACAAAGACAUGUAUUCAAAUAAAGUGUUGAAUUUUUUCAUUUUUCUCGAAUUAAGUUUAUCCGAUUGCAAUAAAUGUUAUAUUUGUUUUAA